AGUAUUUUACAUUAGAUUUGUGUAAUUUGGAAGUGACGAUAGUCUCUCGAUCAAAUGUAGAAUGUUUAAGGACAUACAACAUCACUGUUUCCGUUUGUAGUAACAAGGGAAAAUGGCAGGUCAAACAUCACGAGAAUUUGUUAGUGUUCUCAUCCCAAGGAAAAGGGAUUCAAGACUUUUACUUACAACCCUAGAUGGGAAGGGGCUAUGGAUGCCAACAGCACUUCGCCAUGAUGUAGAAACCUUUCAGAGUGUCGCAAAUAAAUUAAUAACAGAGGUCACUGGCCAGGAGCUAGCUCCAUGUAAAGGGAUCAUCAAGAUGAUUUUCUACCAUUUCACCUCCAGUCCCACUGCCACACACAUUGUUUUCCUGACUCAGCCUGUAGAGGACUGCGACACGUGUUGUGAUGAUGCUGUCUGGUGUAAUGUGGAAGAGAUGGAACAACAGACUCAUGCAGAUCCAGGACUCCUAGGACUGGAGCCAAUCAAUCUGGCUAAACACCUCAAUAAUGCAUCUUUGACAAUGAACGUAUUAAGUGAAAUGAGAGCAGAAUACAUUGACACAGAUAAAGAGGAUACGUCACAGCUUUCUGCUCAGGAGGCUGUGGUCAAGUCGGCCAAACUCGGCAAGAAAGAGCAAGACCUUCUGUAUCAAGAGUUUAUGGAUUGGUGUCUACCGUGUUCUAUGAUGAACAAAACUGUAUUCAAGGAGUACAUUGUACACAAAGGGGCAAAAGAAGAGCAAGUGGAUGCCCUGUUUAGGUCUUUUGAUAUGCAUAAGAAGAGGAUUCUACAGUUUAAAGAUGUCCUAGUUGGCCUGGCAGCCCUCGAACCCUCUACACAACAUGGUGGAAUGCCAGCAGAAAUGAGAUGUCGAUAUAUCUUCAGGUUUUAUGAUCACAACGUAGAUGGUUUCCUGCAAUUUGAGGAAUUUAAAUGUAUGGUUAGAGACAUACGUAAAAUCAAAGGAUUAUCUCUGGAUGAAGAAGCAGUUAAUGAAGAUGCUCAGAAAAGUGCCAAGUUGUUUGGAAAUGAAACGAAGAACAAGCUCCCUCUAGGAGAAUUUUUGACAGCUGUAGGACAACUAAAAUUCAGAGGAACAUCUGUAUUAUUCAGAUUACCCCAGUCCUGUGUGACAGGACUUAAAGGGAAUGAGAACCAUUUAAAUCACACUGGGGAGACAAUGGAACCACCUUUAAAAAGAUGUCGUCCCAAACUUCUGGAUUCUGUCAAAUCAUCCCCACCAAGAAAAUUAAAUGCUACAGAUACAGAAAUGGAAGUGUUCAAGCUUCCUGAAGGUCGUCCAUUAUCUGCAGGGAGAUUCCACCACCAGAUCAGAUAUGAACUUGCCACACACACAGUCAAAGUACGACGGACAGGGGUCUUAUCAGAUGUCAUCAAACUCUGGGAUUUACAAGGAACCCCAGCUGUGACUGAGAGUGCAGCUUGUCAUCUAGAGGGAGACAUUUCACGAUUUCAGAGGAUGCCUUCAAUAGACUCAUUUAAUGCAAGAUCUCACCCUAAUGAAAUGUUGACUGGUCUGAGGUAUUUUGAGAGAGCGAUCAAGGGAGAUAAUGGAGGGCCAGCAAAGCCUGGAUUUGACUGGGGACAGGUGGACACCAAUGCUCUCGCUAAAUGUCUGCUGACCUUGUGUCGUGAACUGAAGGACUCACUGUGUCUGGAACCACGAUUAGUAAAGCUUAAAUCUCCGGUCUACAUUCUUGGAGAUAUCCAUGGGAACUACAGGGAUUUGGUGUGUUUUGAGAAAGCAUUAUGGAGGAUGGGACCAUUGUUAACACCAGCCUCUUUCUUGUUUUUGGGGGACUACGUGGAUCGAGGGGAAUAUGGAGUAGAGGUAAUUUCCUAUUUGUUUGCCCAAAAGAUGCUUGCACAGAACAAAUUUUAUCUCUUGAGAGGAAACCAUGAACUCAGAUCUGUACAGGAAAUGUUCUCAUUUAAAAAUGAGUGUAUACAGAAGUUUGGGGAGUCAGUGGGACUUCAGGUCUGGGAGGCAGUCAAUGACUGUUUUGAUGCCAUGCCAAUAGCAGCUACUGUGGAUGAUAAGGUGUUUUGUGUUCAUGGAGGGAUACCCUGUUCUGACAUUAAUAUUGAGAACAUAAACAAGAUUCCAGUGCCUUUGAAGGAUCCAGAAAUAGAGAGUCCCCUGGCCUGGGAGAUCAUGUGGAGUGACCCAGUCAGCAUGGAUUUGAUGACUCCAGAUAAUAUCAAGGAUUUAAAUGAGCACAAUGGAUUUAUUUACAACACAAGGCGGGGAACAGCAUAUUUCUUUAGCUGUGAGGCUCUAAUGUCAUUUUUGGACAAAAAUGGCUUGUCUCAUGUUAUAAGAGCUCAUGAGGUGCAGGAAAAUGGCUUUCAGGUUCAGCAGCAGGGUAGACUGAUGACUGUGUUCUCUUCUUCUCAUUACUGUGGUGGAUCCAACGAGGCAGCAUGUGUGCUGGCAGACAAUUACAAGUUAAGGAUGAUACGGAUAGACACCACAUGACAGUUUCCCAUAAUUCCUUGUGUGAUUUACAAUCCCAGCAUUCAUUGUGCAUCAAGUCCCCGAUCUCAGUUAGCAGGCAGCUGUAGAAACAUCUUGAAGGGAGGCGCAGAGAGGUGGGAACUUGGCCAAUUCCACAUGGCAGUGUAUAUUUUCCCUUGUGAUAAGUGGGCUUCACAUUCCUGUUAUUUCUCAAUAAACUGCUACAUGUAUUUUAUAUUUGUUUUGAAGUGAUUGGUACAAUUUGAUUGUACGUUGAUUCCUAACAUAUAAAGUAUAUUCAAAUUUUUAAGUUGUAAUACAUGUAAAAAGUAUUUUUGUUAUUAUAUUGAUCAAUGUAUUUUGUUUGAUUUUGUGGACAUUUUUCAUUUGUUUUAAAGUACAGACAGAGUUGUACAUAAUGCAGAUUGUUAUGUUAUUAAAUAUUUUGUGAUUGAAAGAUUCUCAAGUUAUGGCCAAAACAGAGAUUACUAGUCCUACAUAAUGAAUUUUUUGUAAUUGAAAUCAGAACACAGUGGUACAGAUAUUGAUCCCUCUGAUGGCUGCAUUUACCAAACAAUAUUUACAUUUCUAAUUGUUUUCUCUGUGAUAACUCUUUAAUAGUUAGCUGAGUUGAUUCCUUGAUAUGUAUGUCAAUCUCGUGCGGCUGUCUUUGCGUCUGACGUCAGUGGGCAGAGACUAUUGAAACAAGCAUUCUGAGAGUAUUGCAUUAGCAAUACUAGUCCCCUACCGGCAAGUGUAAUCUGGUUCCGGUAAGAAUUGAAAAUGCCAUAAUUCCGUCAAAAAUUAAUGAAACGGGACGAAAUGCAAACUUGAUCUAUAACUAAUCAAGGUAAAGCCACAUACCAAAAAUCAGCUCAAUAUCUACAAGCGUUUAGAAGAAAAUUGCGGAAAACCCAUAAAAAUUGAAAAGGCCGUAAUUCCGUCAAAAAUCAAUGAAGCGGAACGAAAUGCAAACUUGAUCUGUAACUCAUCAAGAUACACUCACAUACCAAAAAUCAGCUCAAUAUCUGCAAGCGUUUAGGAAAAAAGUGCGGAAAACCAAGUGGGACAGACUGACAGACAGACAGAGGGACAGACAGACAGACGGACAGACAGACGGACGGACAGACUCAGAGGAAACCUAUAUUCCCCUCCGGACUCACCGAUAGGGGACUAAUUAACAUGGAAGGCCUCAUGUAUUUUAAAUCUAUUAGACAGCAUUUUUUAUGCCCCCAUGUCGAAGAUUCAGGGGUAUAUAGUUUUUGCCCUGUCAGUCCGUCUGUUUGUCCGCAAAAAUGUAACAUUGCCCAUAACUUUUGAUUGGUUGCAGCUAUGGCUAUAAUAUUUCACAUGUGUAUUCCAUGUGAUUAGACCUUUCUUUGGGUACCAUCAUAUUUGACCUUGGAGUUUGACCCAGUUUUACAAAAUUUUACCAAACUUUAACCUUGACCUUAACUUUUGAACAGUUGGUGCUAGGGCUUUCAUACUUCAUAUGUGUAAUUCUUGUGACAAGACCAUCCUUUUGAUACCAACAACUUUGACCCUUUGACCUUGACCUACGAGUUUGACCUACUUUUGAAAAACUUUAACCUUGGCCAUAUCUUUUGAAUGGUUGGUGCUAGGGCUUUCAUAUUUCACAUGUGUAUUUCUUGUGAGAAGGCCUUUCCUUGGGCACCAUUAAUUUUGACCAUUUGACCUUGACUUUGAUGUUUGACUUACUUUUGAAAAACUUUAACCUUUUCCAUAUCUUUUCAAUGGUUGCUGCUAGGGCUUUCAUAUUCCACAGGUAUAUUCCUUGGGACACGACCUUACUUUGGGUACUGGCAUAUUUGAUUUGCAUUUGAGAAAGUUUAACCUUCCUAUAAGUUGCCAUAUGGGGGCAUCAGUGUUUCACAAACACAUCUUGUUUAUUUAUUUUAACAAUUCUGUUUUGCAAAGAAAUGUAAAUAUAAGGAAUCACUGUGUAGUUUGUUGGGUAUGCCAGGGACAUCAACAACAGUUGGAAAUGUGGGAUAAUUUGCAUAACGGGUGAAGCCCGUAAUGCAGUUUAUCCCAAGUUUCCAACUGUCGUUUAUGCCCUGGCAUACCCAACAAACUACACAGUCCUUAAAUGACCUUUACAUUGACUAAAAACUGAGCAUUUCAUGAUGGUCAACAUCUUAAUAUCUGAUUUGGAUAUAAUGUGUACUUAAGAAGGUAUUGUACAUGUAAAUACAUGUAUCUUGAGUGUUUUACAAUGUUUUAUUAAUUUUAACUUAAAGUGUCGUCCCAUAUGAAAUUAUCAAUUUAAUUUGUAUAGGUCCAACAAAAUGCUUCUUAUAUGUAUGUUUUGUUUUUUACU